AUGGUGAAGAAAAAUGAAAACGUUUAAUAGGAUGAUCAUCACGAAAGAUUCCAAUAAAUAAAACCAGAGUUCAAUGUUUUUAAUCGUAAGAAGUUGAGGAAGGAAAAAAAGAUGAUAAAAAAAUAGAAACAUAUGUAAAUUAAUUAAUAGAGAAAUUGGAAAAACUAAGGUGUUUAAAAUGUUAACUAAAACUAGCCAUAAGAAAAAGAAAAGAAAUAAAAUUAAGAAAUUAAAAAUUAACCAACCAAUAAUCAACAGAAAUAAUAAUAAUAAUAAAAAUUAGUAAAAUAGAAACUAAAUUCUAAUAACAACGAAAUAGAUGAAAAGAAAAAAUUAUAAUUAUAAAGAGAAAUAGAAUAGGAAGAAAAGGAAAUAGAGAGAUUAACUAAAAAAUUAAAAUUGAAAUAGAAUAGAUUACCAAAAGCAUAAAUUUUGGAAGAUGGUUUAGAAGAGGAUUUAUUUGAUUUCUUAGAUCAUAUUGAUUAAACUAUUAAGGAAAAGGAUACGCCUAAAAAUUAUUUAGCUUUUUAAAAAAAAAAUGAAAAUGAAUCAAAUGAGGAUGUAAGCGCAGAGUAAAACUUGGAAGAUUAAUCUGAUGAUUAAAUUAAAGAUGAAUCAUAAUAAGAAAUAGAAGAAGAAGAUGAAGAUGAAGAUUAUAGAGAAGAUGAUGAAGAAUAAAAUGAAGAUGAUGUUGAUGAUGAUAUGAUUGAAGAUGAAGAAUAAAAUGAAGAUGAUGUUGAUGAUGAUUUGAUUGAAGAUGAAGAAUAGAAUGAAGAUGAUGAUGAUGAUAUUGACGAUGAUGAAAUUCAACCAGAUGAAGAAGAAAUAGAAGAAGAAGAAAAUUAAUAAUCAGAUGAAUAAGAAGAAGAAUAUGAAGAAAAGAAUGAAAAUUUAUAAAAGAAGGUUUAAUAGAAGCAAGACUAACCAAUUAAUGAAUAAAAGAUAAAUAAAGUUUAGAAAGAAUAAUUAGUAUAAGAGAUUUAACCCCCUUAAGAAAUUUAAUAUGAUGAGACUUAAUUAAUGGAGGUUAAGAAACUAUUAAAUAGAAAUUUAAAUAAAAUUUCAGAGGCAAAUAUUAACAAUAUUGUAGAUGAAAUUGAUAAAAUCUUUAAUUAACAUCCUAAAUAGAUAGUUGGAUUAGUAUUUGGAUAAUAAAUUGUUUAAUCAGCAAUAAAACCUAUUGAAUUACUACCUUAUUUAUUGAGUUGUAUUAUAGCAUCAUCUUGUUAUUUUCAUUAGGUAUAUGACAAUCUAUUUUUUGGAGAGUUAAUUAAACAAGUAAUUCUUAAAUUAAGAUCUAUUCCUGUUAAUCAUGAGGUUAAAAAUAUAACAUUAAUAUUUUGUCAUUGGUAUUUAUUUGAAUCAAUAUCAUUGCAAUUCAUUAAGGAAUUUAUAAAAUAUUUAUUGAAAACUUAGACUGCAGAUAAUGUUGAAAAUUUAUUAAUAAUUAUUUAAUAUUGUGGAAAGAAAAUUAGAUAAGAUAAUCCAGCAAUUUUGAAAUUGAUCAUAGAAGAUAUAAAGUAAGCUUUUUCAAAUGUAAGUGAAUCAAGAACUAAAUUUUUACUUAUGACCUUAGAUGAUUUAAGAUUGAAUAAAAAAAUUACAAGUUAAUCUGAAAGAUUAGAAUUUAUAUUAAAUUGGCAUAAAUAAAGAACAUAAAAAUUAAUACAUAGAAUAUUUUGUUAAGGCUUUGAUUUUAGUUAUGAAUCUUAGUUUUUGAGUAAUAAUUGGUGGAAGCCUAUAGUCAGUAAUGAAGAAUAGAGUUAAUUAUUUUAAGAAUUUAAAUAAUAAAAAAGAAAUAUAAAAUUGGAAAAAUUAGAAUAAUUAGCAAUUGAUUAAAAAAUGGUAACUGAAACUCGUAAAACUGCAUUCGUCAUAAUAAUGGGAGCAGAUGAUUUGUUUGAGGCUGCUUAAAAUUUAGAUAAAUUAGGUUAUUUAAAAAAGAAAAAACAGGAUGUAUGUUUAGUAAUCGUUGAAAUGUGUGGUAAUGAGAAAACAUAUAAUCCAUAUUAUUAAGAAUUAGCUCAUUAUUUAAUAAAUUUAGAGAGGGGAAUGAAAUAAGCAUUUUAAUAUAUGCUAUGGGAUAAAUUUAAAUUAUUAGAAAAUUAUAGUAUAAGAAAAUUAAUAAAUAUUGCUAAGUUUUGUUCGAAUCUAUUAAAAAAGGAGAGUCUUAAUUUAUUAUUAUUAAAAUGGUUUAACUAUGAUGAAUUAUUGGAAAUUUAAGCACAAUUUCUAUGUAUCGUAAUACAGAAUUUUUUAUAAAAGUAACAUAUUUAAUAAUAUUUUAUUAGCAUCUCCAUAGAUAUUAUGGCUAAAUAAAGUAAAAAUCUUUUUGAAAAUGCAGAUUAUUUACCAUUCAGAAAUGGUCUUUAAAUGUUUUUAAAAAAUAGAUUCAAAAGUUAUAUUGAUAGUUAGGAUGAUUAGAACAAAUUCAAUUAAUUGAAGAAAGACUUGAGAAUUAUGAUUAAGUUAUUAGAUGAAGAUGCAAUUAAUAAUGAUGCUUGA